AUGUACAAAGAAAUCGAAGACCUCUUGAAAGAUGCAAUGAAGAUCCAGUCAACCCCUCCUCCAGUCACUGAAGAAGAAUCUCUGAGCAACGACGACAAAGACCCAUUACAAGGGAUUGAGGAGGGUUUGGAGAUGGUCAACAGUAUAUUAAAAUAACACAUUAGAAAAUAACUUUGACUCUUCUUCCUUCACAGCAUCAAGGAAGAGUGAUAUUGCUCAAUAUCUGAACUUCCAGUCUCAGUCAAACCUCAAUUUUGAAUCACCAGUGCAACAGAAGAAUUCCGAGGAUGAUGGCAACUUUGUAAUUUCUGAGCAAGACACUAAUCCCAAGAAGCCUUCUCCAGGGAUUCAUGUUGUAGAUGAAAUGCAAAACGACUUGAAUGCAUUUCUUACUGAAAGCCGAGAAGACAUGUUUGAAGAUAGCUCAUCACAACUCAUGGAGUCUCCAGUCCUCAAGCCUUUAAAUACAGAAGCUAAGGAUAAGAUCUCGACUGCAGAAAAAGAAGACCUUGAAGACAUAGGCAUCGAGCCAGUUAUGUUCACACCUAAUAAAGAUAGCGAUGAUUGCCAAGUCUCAGAGAAAGAGAACGUGGACCUGCUAACACCAAUUCAAGAGGUUUUGCCUGUCCAAAAAACACCUUUGGAAAACUCGUCAGCAAAGGAAAUUUCGAGUGAUAAAAUGCAGAAAAAUAAGUAUAUCCCUGUUGAGCAAAGACUUUUGCAGACACUCAAGAAAGAAAAUGACACCAAGAGACAACUCAUUGAAGAGAUCAAGCAGCAUGAGCUCAGUGAGCUUCAGGAAAAACCGAGCAUUAAUAAAAAUACCGAACAAAUAUUGUCAAAGAAGAGCUAUAGCCCAUUGGAAAGCUCAAAAUCAGCUAAAUCAAUAGAAGACAGACUUUUGGAGAGGCACCAGCUCAACCAGAAGAUUAGAGAGCUACGUAUAAAGAAGGAAGAGGAACAGAUCAAGACAAUGGCUGUCCCUACCAUUAACAAUAGCAUCCGUGUAGAGGAUAAGAGUCCUAAGGGUAACAUCCAAACGUUCAUUAGCAAAAAGUUGGAUCAGUAUGUCAAGAAAGUAGAAUAUUCGAAGCUAGACCUUCAAGAGAAAUAUAAAGAUAAGGACUGAACCUUUGCUCCAAAGAUCAACAAAAAUCCUAAGGCAACAGAGAAUAUUGUAGUCCUAGAGGACCAAACCUACGGAGGUAGGAAGGGCAAGAGGCUUAAUAGGCAGAAAUAUCUGACUAAGAAAAAGCCUGAAGAAGAUCCUUGCACCUUCGCACCAGCAGUAGAUGGUAAUAGCCGGAGGAUCUUUGAACAAAUCAAAGAACGCCAAAUUAAUGAUACUGAUGUCUUUGAAAGAUUGAACACAAAGAAGCACAUUCUUCGUUCAAAAACUCCUAGCAAGAUUCCAGAGGAGGAAGAAUGAAGCUUUCAGCCAAGAAUUAAUGAAAUUAGUGGCUAUCUCGCCAAAAAGAAUAAUAUUGAUGAAAAGCCCCCUGUUUGGGAACAACUCUACAAGCUAAAUAGUGAGCGAAAGCAAGUUUUAGAACAGAAACGCCUGAAGAAGGAGCAGGAAAUGAACCAGAAAGAUAUAAACUGCACAUUCAAGCCAAAACUUGUAUCUGACUACCACUUCAGAGAUCAGAGGAUGAAUGUCUAUGAGCGUUCACUGCAAUACAACCGUAAUGAGCAAAAAAUAGAGGAGAUGAAGCGGAAAAAACUUGAACGAGAAGAGAAAGAGCUUUCUGAGUGUACCUUUAGACCCCGUAUAAACCACUCAGGCCAUUUCUCUCACCCAAGAAAGCCUACUUCUCACUAUGGAGACCAAAAUACUUCACAGACACGAAGAACCCGUGCUCAUAAAAACAAGUAUUCUACCAAGUUUGAACCAAAGCAAGAUAAUAGUUACAAAAAGUCUCCUUACAGUAGGCCGAAACCUGAAGGUUAUUCAGCUAAUAAGACUCCUGAACCUGUUUCAAAAAGUUACCAAAAAUACUCUCCUGCAAGGCCAAACCAGGCUUGCCCUAUACCAGCUAAUAAAACCCUCAAAUUUUUCCAAAGGAAGAGUCAAAAUAUUCAACAAGACUUGAAUCCAAGUGGCUCACUAGUGUCUUUCAAAGCGAGUGAGAGCUCGAAACUAGCUUUCAUCAACGUUCAAGAUGGAAGGUUCACCAAGAACUUCGAGAGGAAAGAUCCUCCGGAAGUGCUGGACGUAAAUCCCAGCAUCUUUGGGCCUCCUAACCUAGAAGCUCUCAAGAGGCGAGUGCGCGACGAAAUCAGCUCCCUUAACACCCAUGACUUGUAAACGGGGCUGUAGAUGUUAUAAAAACUAAAUCAAUUGCAAUA